AGGCGUGUCAAGGCGAUCAAAGUACAGUACAUUUUUUCUCCCACUACUGUCUCGGAGCUACAGUGAACACGGUUGUCGGCAGGCUAAUAUUACAGCAACAAAGCGAACGGGAUGCAGGGUAGGCAAACCGACUGACAAUCGCAUGAGUGAGGAUACCCGGGAGAGGCUUUUUUAACGGUAUUUCUCCGGUAUAGGCUGUAGAGCCUACAUGUUUUAUAACAGCCAAAAAUAGAAGACAAAGGGACAAACGGGUCAUAUUUUGCUGGCUCGAAAAGUCGACUCGCUUUCAGUCUGCAACAAUGGAUUUAAGUUUUAUAUUGCCUGCUAUUCUUUUCACGCUGUUCGCUAUUAUUCUGGUGACAGCAUUGUUCAGCACCAACGAUACUUAUACUGUCUUGUCCUCUGGCUCUGCUGCAUCCAAAGCGGAUCACUCAGGGGAGGGAUCUUUGGCGCAGUCCGGGAGAGAGGAUGUGAAAACGGGAUUAGCUAAAUCAGGACCGUCGGUAAAUCUUACGGAGAAACAGGGGACAGCAGCAGGGCUAACCUUAACGGACAAAUCGGAGGAGGACAGUGAAUGUCGAUCUGUCGGAAAAAUAAUGGAUCCGAUGGCAGCGGACAGAAGGACAGUUGAGGAGGAGGGGCUGCCCGCUGCAGAAGUUAGGACCCAUGCUGCUCACGAGAAAAAGGUGAAAUCUGGCAUUAUGUCUGGCCAACGGUACUCGACCUCAAACCCUGCCUCAGCGCCAGUGGAUAUUCCAGGUAGAGACUUUGGUCACCUACAGUUCCCUGAGGGGGGGUCGUUACUGUGCCCUUUCUCCUACCGACAGACAGGGGGUGCCACAGAGAGCCCAGAGUACAGCAACGAUAUGGAGGUAGUGGAAGUGCCCCUGAAAUACGUCCCUGGCAUGCUGCGGACCAGCCAUAUGGAGAAGAUGAUGACCAAAGAGGAGCUGGAGGAGGAACAGAGGGUGCAACGGGAGCAGCUGGCAGCAAUCUUCCAGCUGCUGAAGGAGAACCAGGAGACGUUUGGGGAGGUGUCAGAGGGAGACGUGGAGGAGCAGCUCAGACUCUACUCCAUCUGAUCCCCUACUCUACUCACACCCUACUACAACUGACUACAACAUCUGAACCCCUACUCUACUCACAUCCUACUUCAACUGACUACAGCAUCUGAAACCCUACUCUACUCACACGCUACUCAACUGACUACAGCAUCUGAAGCCCUACUCUAUUCACACCCUACUAGUUUUCUGUACUAAUUCUAACUCUACUUUCCCAAACUCUACUCUGUUAAUCCGACAUGAAACUGACAAUCAAGAUUAAGGGGGCAUUGUUUCAAUGGUCCACUCUAUUUUGAACCGCAUACCCUUCUCUGAAGACUCUGAAGCGUUGAAAUAACCAAUAAGGUUUUGGAUAGUUGGACCUGAGUUAUUUGAUUGGUCUGAUACAAUCUAAGACAUUGGUAUUCAAAGUCGGGGUCGCGACCAGGGGAACUGCAGUGAGGUCACAUGAUUUAGUUUUUUGUAUUAGUUUUUCAAAAAAAAUCAAGAUUACACAUUAUUGUAUGGGACAAUAUACAAUAUAAUGUUUUUGAGAAAGAUCAUUUGAAAAAUACAAUUUUAUUGAGUAAAUGUAUUUAUUGGUUUCUUCAUUUUGAUAAGAGAUGAAAAUAUAAUUAAUUGAAGGUUUUUUGUUGAUGUUUAAAAAUCUAAAUUUACAGAUUUGAAGGUGUUGUCAUUAGAUUUGGGGUGGAGUUGCGAGAUAUUAUUGGGAGACAAAUGGGGUCCCGACUGAGAGUUUGAAUACCACUGAUCUAAGAGGUUCUUAUACCGUACACACGCAUGAAAGCCAAUAGUUUCGGCAAGCCUCAUGGUGAAACAACAUCUGAAUGCACCUUUCUCCUUUCACCUAUUCCCUACCUUUCCUCGCCCAUAUCCUUCUCUCACCCAUCGCUAUCACUCCUACCGUUUACAAUGCAGCAGAUGUCCUUCUCUAGACAGCUCUGUGCAAGCAAACACAACAUUGGCACCAACACAAACAUGUACAUUAGAUACUGCUGUUUAUUACUUCUUAAUGGUACUUAAUGGUUUAAUACCAUUCAAAACAAUAAACACAGUGUAUUUGAUACAA